AUGGUGCUCUCAGAUGUCCAAGGGACGAAGAUUCACGCUUCUGUCAAGAAGGAUUUGAUCAGUCGUUUUGAAAACAAGGUCGUGACCGGUCAAUGGAGAACUGUCGAGAACUUUGGUUUGAGUAUCGCCACUCGUCAAUUCAAGCCUACUGCCCAUCGUUACAAGAUGUCUUUCAUCACUCAAACCAUUGUCAAUAGGAUGGACUCUGUGUCUGAUGAUCCGUAUUUAACUCUGUCCCCAUUUGUUUCUGUCCUGUCCGGCAACCUGAAUGAAAACCAUCUUAUUGAUAUUGUUGGUCAAAUUGUGAAUGUUGGGGAGAUCGAAACCAUCGAUGUCAACAACAGACCCACUAAGAAGAUCAGUUUUGAGCUUCGUGAUGAGAGUGAUGAUAGACUACCAUGCACUUUGUGGGGUACAUUUGCUGAGCAAGUGCAUAGUGCUUGUGAUCCUGAUGCUCAAGCACGUGUUAUUUGUCUGGUGAGAUUUGCGAAAAUCAAGACUUACAAUGAGAAGAGGAGUAUCUCCAAUGCUUUCAAUGCAUCUGUGGUGGUAAUUAAUCCCGACUAUGCAGACAUCCUAGAGUGGCAGAAUAACCCUACUCAACAUAUAAAUGUUAGGUUGCCAAAUGAUGGGCUUGCUAUUACCUUAAUUGAGAGGAGACCAAGGAAUAAUCUGCAGUUAGCAAAUGUAGGCGAGGUCUACCAGAACUUCCCAAGGAGGAACAUACAAGCUAUCUUGGAUAUGACUGAGAUUGUGAUUGGGCUUGGUACUAUAUUUCGUGCAAAAGGUGUAACAAGAAGGUACAAACUACAUGUUAACGUUAUGGAUAAUUCUGGUGAGUUGAAGUUGAUGCUCUUUGAUAGCAUGGCCAUAGAGAUUGUAGGCUGCUCAGCAAACUCACUCAUUGAUGGUCCAUUUUAUGAGAUGGAAGAUCCUGACAACUUGCCAGAUGAUAUCAAGAAUUUGGUCGGAAAAACAUUCCAAUUUCUUGUGAGUGUUGAAAGUGAAAAUUUGUGGAAUGAGUUGGAUAUCUACAAGGUGUCAAGGGUGCUGGUUAAUGAUGGUGUACCGGAUGAUGAUCUUAAUGAUGAUUCACACGGUGGGGAUAAUCCUCCCGAUGAUAGCACCGGAUAUCAGGCUAGCUUGUGCUUGACCAGCGGUCAGGAAGUCUCUGACUUCAUGACUCCAUCGUCAAAGCGUUCAAGUCCUGAUAAAGACUUCCCUAAUGAUAGUUCCUCUACUACAAAGAAGCUGUGUCUUGACAACAUCAAGGUGGUCCAGAUUAAGCAGGAGAAGCUGACGAAGGCAGAGAUGGUGAAUGAGGAAAAGAAAAAGAAGCCGUGA